GUAGAAAUGGGAGGGACCACAUAUUUGACAGUGCGUGGAUUUUUUUGUUACCCAGGCAACGCCCUCAGUGGAAGUAGGUACACUGUCUGUCAGGCUGACGGUACAUGGUCAACAGCAACUCCAAAUUGCACAGCAAACACAUGCUGGAGUCUAUCAGCCCCUAUCAAUGGAUAUGUUUACAUGGAUGACACGACUUUUGGUUCAAAGGCAAGUUUCAGCUGCAAUGCUGGAUAUCAGCUGACGGGUGUGUCCAGUGUUACGUGUCGCACCGAUCGGACCUGGUCUGCAAUCAGUCCAAGAUGUACAAAGAUCACCUGCCCAGUGCUGGCUACACCGCCCAAUGCAAUAUUAUCUGCUGGCCCAGUGGAUUUCCAGGCCAAACGUACAUUCUCCUGCAGUGAUGGAUAUACCCUGUCGGGGGAUUCACAACUGGUCUGUCUUUUGAAUGGAUCUUGGUCUGCCCCGUUUCCAACCUGUUCCAAGUUGGCCGAAUGCGCUCCGCUAAUCAUUGGCAAUGCCGCUGUAUCCAGUGGCCCAUAUAGAGUGAACAGCAUCGUCAACAUCACAUGUAACGCAGGCUUUGAGCUCUCAGGAAGCGCAGUGGUCAUUUGUCUGGACAGCUUGAAAUGGUCUUCCUUGCCGAUUUGCAACCGAGUACCACUACUACCAGAAUGCCCUGUGCUGGUUGUUUCCAAUGCAACUGUGUCAAGCGGCUCAAAUAAAGUUAACAGUAUCCGCAGUGUCUCAUGUAAUGCCGGCUUUGAGCUCUCGGGCAACUCAAUGGUCAUAUGUUUGGCCAGCAAGAGUUGGUCCACCUUGCCUGUUUGCAACAAACUACGUACAACGGCGUCUCUCACCACAACCAAUAUUGUGGCAGCAUGCAUAGGCUUUUUUGCUGGUUUGCUUGUUCCUGGUUGUCUGAUCCUGGUUGCAUUAGUGCGACGCCGACGCAAGUCCACGUCCAAAACGGUAGCAGAGACCAAUAAUACCCUGCCAACUGGUGUAAUUGUAAUCCGGCUUUUGAUCACUCUCAGCCCUCUGAUCGUGUUCUGCUGGUUAGACUCAUACUGUGUAAUCGAUGCUCUUAAACUAGCCCAACAAGUCGGUCUUGCCCGCUGCUUGUUGCCGGCACCUGAAAAGGUCUUCCAUGGUGUGUUUGGCCAGCUGUACGCCCUAUGGCUGCGUAGAGAUAAACCAGCAGAGAAGACACGCUUACGCCUGUACAACGCUAUCGCACUGGCAAUAUUCCUGUACAAUUGUUAA